AUGUUUGGUAGUAAUAACUCAAACGAUGCAAAGAAGAAUCCAUUCAGUGGAUUUUCACUGAAUAAUAAUAAUACAAACACAAAUUCUAGUUUUUCAUUUGGUAAACCAGCUGAAUCAAAUAAUAACGCCAGUGGCUUCGGAAACAUGAAUGCAUUUGGAUCAUCAAAUACAAAUAAUAAUGCUUCACCAUUUGGAUCAAAUCAGAAUAGUACAUCAGCUUUUGGAUCAAAUAAACCCGCAUUUGGAGGAUUUGGGGCAAGUAAUACAAACAAUAACAAUAAUACUACAGCUUUUGGGUCAAAUAAUGCACAAUCUACAUCUGCAUUUGGAAGCACAAAUAAUAAUACAAGUUCCCCUUUUGGUCAAUCAAAUACAAAUACAUCAACAACGACUCCAGCUUUUGGAAAUUCAAACGCGUCAGGUAGCAUGUUUGGAAAACCAGCUGAGAAUACAAAUUCAAAUGCAAAUACUGGAAAUAUAUUUGGUCAGAGUAAAACAAAUGCAACUAAUGCAAGUAGUGGAAAUAUAUUUGGUCAAAGUAAUGCAAAUGCAAAUACUAGUGGUGGAUUAUUCGGAAGUCAAAAUAAAGAUCAAGGGAAUACUACUACUGGUGGUUUAUUUGCAUCUAAAUCAGCUUCAUCCACUCCUGCUCCAACUACUGGUGGUUUUGGAUUUGGUAGUAAACCACAAGAAGAUGCUAAUAAACCAGCCUCAGUAGGAGGUUUUUCAUUUGGUGCUAAAAAAGAUGAUUCAAAUUCAACUACAACUCCACCCGGUGGAUUAUUCGGACCUAAACCAACAACUUCAACUACAGAAACUAAUAAACCACCUGCUUUUGCAUUUGGUCUGAAUAGUAAUAGUCAAUCAUCAACACCUGCAUUUGGUGCAUCUACAAAUACUGAACAAAAUAAACCAGCCUCUGGAUUUUCAUUUGGUGCAUCUACAAAUACUGAACAAAAUAAACCAGCCUCUGGAUUUUCAUUUGGUGCAUCUACAAAUACUGAACAAAAUAAACCAGCCUCUGGAUUUUCAUUUGGUGCAUCUACAAAUACUGAACAAAAUAAACCAAGCUCUGGAUUUUCAUUUGGUGCAGCUAAGAAAGAUGAUACACCAGCACCAGCAACAACACAACCAAGUGGUGGUUUCACAUUUGGUGCUAAAAAAGAUGAUAGUUCAACAUCAACCGGUGGCAAUUUAUUUGGAGCAGCUAAAAAAGAUGACAAUUCAACUACUACUGGAGGUUUAUUUGGUACUAAAAAACCAGAUGAGAAUAAAGAUAAACCUUCUUUUUCAUUCGCUGCAUCAACUACAACAACUGAAAAGAAAGAUGAAGCUAAUAAACCAGCUGGAUUCUCAUUUAGUGCUUCUACAGAAAAGAAAGAUGAUGCAGCUAAACCAUUAUUUUCAUUUGGUGCUUCUAAACCUGAAGAAAAUAAAGAUAAACCAGCAAGUGCAGAUUUCUCAUUUGGUGCUAAAAAACCAGAAGAAAAUAAAGAUAAACCUGCUUUUUCAUUUGGUGCUGCUACAACUGAAAGGAAAGAUGAUGCUAGUAAAUCUGCAAGUAGUGGAUUUUCAUUUGGUGCUAAAAAAGAUGAAGAUAAACCAGCUGCAUCAACUGGUGGAUUAUUUGGUGCUAAAAAAGAUGAUGAAAAGGAUAAACCAGCAACUCCAGGUUUCAGUUUUGGUGCUGCCAAAAAAGAUGAUGCAGCCAAACCAUCUGGUUUUGCAUUUGGUGCUAAAAAAGACGAAGAUAAAGAUAAACCAGCUACAUCCGGUUUCUCUUUUGGUGCUAAAAAAGACGAAGAUAAAGAUAAACCAGCUACAUCCGGUUUCUCUUUUGGUGCUAAAAAAGAUGAUGAAUCAAAACGAACUACUAAUUUAUUUGGUAAAAAACCAGAAGAUUUAAAAAAGGAAGAGACUAAAAUACCUACAUCUGCCGCAUCAACCACAACAACUUCAACCACAACAACUUCAAAUCCAGAAACACAACCAAAUUUAAGACCAACAAAGAUUGAACCAAUACCUGUUUCAAUAGAUAAUAAAACAAUGGGUGAUUUGAUUGUUAAAUGGUCAAAACAAUUAACUGCUACAAGUAAAAUAUUUGGAUCUUAUACUGAGAAAGUAAAAGCAUGGGAUUUAAAGUUAGUUGAAAGUGGAGAUGAAGUAUUCAAAUUGAAUCAAGAUUGUUUAGAAGCUGAAUCAUUACAAAAUAAAAUUGAUCAACAUUUAUUUUUUGUUGAAAAUCAACAAGAUGAAUUAGAAAAAGUAUUGGAUAAUUACGAACAGCAAACAGAUACGCUAUUGAAUGUAAUUGAAUUAAAUUCAAGUAGUUUAAAUAAUAGUCAAGUUGCAAGUGCAUUAAUACAAAGCGAAAAUAAAGAUUCCACAAAUACAAAUCAAAAUACUUCUUCCUUGAGUGUGACUGAUAAAUUAAGAGAGAAGGCUUAUCAUAAUGCCGAAAUAUUAGAUGAGAGAUUGGAUGAUUUAGGUGAGAAUCUAAGCACUUUAAUUAAUGAAAUUAAUGCAGUUAGUGAUACAUUCAACAAAAAUUUGAUAAAUGAAUUAGCUGGAAGUGAAGGUAUAAAUAAAGAUAAGAAAGAUGGUAAAGUUGGGGAUAAAGAUGCUACUGCUAAAGAUGAAGUAAAAGAAAAUCCAAUUGAAGAAAUUGUCAAAUUGUUGAAUUUACAUUUGGAAAAUUUGAAAUAUAUAGAAACUACAGAAGAAGAAUUGAAGAAGAAGUUGGAAAAAUUAAAUAAGAAUAAAAAAAAUGAUCAAUAA